AUGAUAUUUAAUCGAAUGUUUAAUUUAUGCCUGUUUACGGCAUGUUUGAAUUUACAAUCGAACCUCAGUAAUAGUGAAAAUUUAAUACGAUCUCGUAGAUUAUCGGUAAAAGAUCAGCCACAAACAACGACUACGGUACGAACUUUAACACAGGAUGAAUUUCGUACAACAAUGCUUCGCGGGAUUCGUGAGAGUUUGAAGCGAAAUCGCAUGAUGCGAAUGAUUAAUAAACAUAUAUUGCAACCGGGUCGUAAGGAAAUAUGUUAUGAAACGGUUGGAUGCUUUGAUUUACCACGAAAACAUUUACCAAUAAUGAAAGCACCAGAAAGUCCAUUAACAUUAAAUACAAAAUUUUAUUUAUUUCGACGUGAUAUAAACUUUUCUACUCCAGAAUUAUUAGACUAUGAAAAUAUUUCAACUGUGAUCGAAUCCAAAUUCAAUCCAAAUAGGACAAUUAAAUUUUUAAUUCACGGCUACAUGAGUACAUGGGAUGAAGUUGGCGCUUUAACAGCUGUAAAAGCAUAUUUAAAAAUUGAUGAUUAUAACGUAGUAUUGGUAGAUUGGGCAAACGGUGCAAAAGGACCAAAUUAUCGGACAGCUGCAGCAAAUACAGAAGUUGUUGGACGACAAGUUGGUGUACUUCUAUUAAGUAUGUUAAAAUUGGGUGCUGAUCCUAACCGCAUACAUUUGUUAGGAUUUUCGUUAGGUGCUCAUAUUGCAGGAGUAGCGUCUGAAGUUUUAAAAUUGAAAGGGAGUUUAAUUGGACGUAUUACAGCUUUGGAUCCAGCAAGUCCAUUAUUUAAGCAUCAUUUACUUCGAGACCAAUCGAAAAAAUUGGACAUUACUGAUGCAAGAUUUGUGGAUGUAAUUCACACCGAUGGUAGUCCAAUUUGGACUGAUGGUUUUGGUUUGUUGGAGCCUAUAGGUCAUGUUGACUUCUUUCCAAAUGGUGGCCGAGAACAGUCCGGAUGUAAUGAUGGGCGUGGAUCUGUUGUUGUGGCACAGUUUGAACCAUUAAACCGUGAUCUCGCAUGCAGUCACAUACGUGCAUGGCAAUAUUAUUUAGAAAGUUUGCUAACAAAAGCAUAUAAUCCAGAAAAUGGAUGUAAAUUUAUUGCAUAUCCAUGCGCAACUGGUUUAGUUGGAUUUACAUAUGGUCGAUGUUUUCCAGUGAAUUUAUUCAACAAUAAUAAUAGAACAUUAGUUUUAGAUAGUAAUUAUCGUAGUGAUUUUGGUUAUUUGGGUGAAGAUGUUAAAGGCUAUGGACCAAUGUAUUUAGUGACACAAAAUCAUAAACCAUUUUGUGGUACACAAUUACAAGCUGUGAUCCGUGUGUCACAGAAAACACAACAAACACGUGGUAUAUUACAAUUGCAAAUUAAAUAUGAUAAUAAUCAAACAACUAAUUUCCAAAUUAAAUGCGAACUUUUGGAUAUAAUACCCGUUGGCCAUAACAUGCAUGGUUUAUCAGCAGCGGAAUAUAAUUCAUUGAAUACAAAUAUAACAAAGAUGAUUGCAAAUUUAUCGUAUCAAAGUUUAGCAUUCCAAUCACCGCACAAUGUUACAAUUAGCCCAAAAUUAUUUUUAGAUAAAAUUCAAGUGAGAGAUAUGUUUGGCAAUAGUUGGCAAUUCUGCGGUUUAGAAACUGAAGUAGUUGACAAACAUGGUGAAUUUUUUGAAACAUUAACUGUAAAAUUGGCAUCUUUAGAUCCAAAAUGGGGUCUUGCCCCAGAACGAAGUAUGUCACGUGUUGAAGUGACACGUUUUGUUCAAUAUUGUGGUGAAAAAUUAAGUGAUUUGAAAUGUUUGUCAAUUAUAUGUUUAAAAAUUCAAUUAUAUUUUAACACAACAUUUAAUGGACGUAAAAUAAUUAUACGUCAAACUCGCGAUAGACAAGAACAUCAUUUGGGACCCCUCGAGGAAGACUUAAAAUUUGCAUUGUAUGAUACAGAUGAUGUGAAACUCACAAAUCUAUACAAUAAAAUUAUUUGUUAUAUUACAUUAAAAGCAGGACUUGGUAAUCCUAUGAUUCAAGCGGUACAAAAAGAAGUGUUUCUAGCAUUACAUUCAGUAUUCCCAAAAUCAGAGCUACGCUACUUUGCAAAAUUGUCAAUAAAGGAUAAAAUAAAAAAUUUAGAAGAAUUAACAUAUAUAGUGGCUGGUAUUCGAUUAUUUAAUCGUGAUUGCGGAACUGGUGGAGAAGAAAUUGAUGAUGUACCAAAACAUUUAACAGAAUCAAUUGAAUACGUCAUGGAUAUUUUAAGUUUAAAAUUGAAACAGAUUAUGGAACAUGUAUUUUUUUUGACGACAGUACUGGACUACGCAGAUGCUGACACGGAUAGUGAUAUUCAUACAGGAGAAAGUGGACAUAAAAACGUGAUGAAAACAAAAAUUCAAGAUUCUGAUGGGAAUGAAGUUUCAUACCAGGGUUCUUCUAGAAACAGUUACAUCGAACUUGUUAAAAGCUGCCUCAUUUUGUACCGACAGUAUGAAGUCUAUAUAAGGCGGCUUAAAUUAGAAACAGAAGAAGUUCAACAGCAUGCCAUACAAUUAAUAAAUAAUCUACAAAAGAAGUUAGAAAAAUUACAUGCAGUUGUCAAAUUUCGUACAGCAAUUCCCACAUCAGAAGUAUUCCCAAUAUUUAUGAAAAUAGCGGAGACAUGGUUUCUACUUCAAGACGAAGUAAUUGUAUUACAUAAUGUUAAGACCAUUGCAGAAAAAUUACAUUCAUUAACCAGAGAUGCAAGUUAUGAUAACGUCAUUGGUCAACAAAUAUUGAAUGGUCGUAAAAUUAUCACAGAUGCUCAACGGCUUCAGCCCAUAGACAACAUGCUUCAAGUCCCAAAACUUCAUGAAUCAUGUGAAAUAAUUAUGCCUACAAAUCUUGAUAACUUCCGCAAAUUACCCAUUCAGUUUUUAGGAUUUUGUCCAGUACAGCUUGUGGAAUUAAAAGGAGGAUUGUUUCCAGGAAAUCCAACUAAUGGCGUUAUUGUAUGGAAAAAUAUGUAUUUUGCAUGUAGCUCUGUUGAAAGGUCAAUCAUAUUUCAACAUCAUCCUGACAUUAUUUAUGAAAAAUGCUUAGAAUUAGCCAGAAAUAACUUAGAAUUAAUAUUCUUGCUACAAUUGUAUGAUCAAUUAUGGUCGUUACGGACUGUUGGAAAAAUUUAUGUCAAAUCAAUACCCGUUGUAAUAAAGUAUGGUAUCGGAAUUCAAACCGAAACACAUCCAUAUCCAGAAGGAGCAAUUGUUCCCGAUUACAAAUGGAAUGUCUGGGAUUUGAAGCGUCAAGCGAUUUUAUUUUCAAAUUUGAAAAAUAGCCUUACGAAAUCAGUCCAAACAUAUAAAUCAAACUAUCGCGCUCCAAUGUCCGUCCAAGCAAAUGUACCAAAGGAUCAAUCUACCCAAUCUAUGGAAGAUGCGUAUACGAAUGUACCGACAUUACAAAAUUAUAUUUUUGGGUUGCGUGGGAGGAAAACUAAUGAUCAACAUGUUAUUGAACUAACACGUCCAGUCGAUGAAUGA